AUGGCGCUUGGUCGCUUGUAUUCCUUUGGUCAGAGUGUGUUGUUGCCAAUUGGUGGCUUUGCCACUGGAUGGGUGGCCUACCGCGCCGUGGAAGAAAAGCACCUCAUUGACGAGAGCUACCUUAGACAGCUCCGUAUGAGCAACCUCAAGUUGCAGCUUUAUCUCCAGCAGCAUGUGUUUCCUGUUGCGUUCACCGAGAAGUAUGGUUACUCGGAGGACUUUCUCAAGACCAUGAUCGAGCGUCUUGGCAGGGAAGGCGGCAGUAACGAGGAGGCGGAGCGCUGGACAUUUGAGCAGAUCCUACAGGAGUGUGAUCUACCUGGACAAAUAGCGUGGCUAGAGGAGCACGUCUCGUACGACAUUCCGUAUUUUUACAUUGCCGAUAUUUUUAAUAGCUGGUGCAUUGUGCAUCGCUCCUUGUUUACUGCGGAAACCGUUGACAGGAAGAAAGAGACACUUUCGUCCCGGCGGGGCGGCAACAACAAGGCCUUUGCUUCGGAGAUAUUGUGCAGGGGGGUGGUAGAGAAAACAUUAAACGGGGUGUUUCCGUACGAUGUCGCGGUGCGGGCACUUUGUGUGCUUGCGGUGGGACACACCUCAAAUGCAAAGCUGUUGUCACAACUCAUCUCACCCUCAGUCAUUGUGGAACGGUACGAGACCUAUUUGAAUGAGCUUGAGCGGCGAAACAUGACCUCUGGCGAUGCAAUUUCCUCUACCGAAGUUGCUGCAGCGACGCUGGAGUUAUUGCGUGCGUUGAAUACUGCUUCAGUACAUCAACGGUGGUUUCCAUUUUGGGGUCGUGCCUCAACAGGUCCCUAUCCUAUCGCAGCUCAGCUGAAUGGAGAGAAGUGGUGCGCAUGUCUGGGAACUUUACCCGCGGGCACGGCAAAGCUAUGCACAGAUGGUGCUCUUAUUUUUGCUGACAUUCUCUCUGAGCGGUUUAACUGCCAGAGUGGAACUCAGCGAUUGGGCGUGGAAGGUGGAGAUAAGGGUUGGUAG